AUGAAUAAUGCAAAAACAGGCUUCUGGGAUAAGUUCCUGAACAAUUCUAAGUCAAACCAGGGCACUUGGAGUGCACGAGCCAAAACGCUGCUGGUGCUGGGAGGAACUGCUGAACAGCAACGCGACCUGGUGAAGAAUCUACACAUAGAGGCCGAAAACGUCACCAUCAACAACCGUUUUUUUGGAAAUACAAGAGCAGAGAAGAAUCGUUUUGUGCCUGAGAUUGGUGUGAGCGAAGCAUUUUUGGGAUACUCAUAUAUUGAGUACAGGGACGACAUUGAUUCGAAGGUGCUGACUUCCUUCCUGAAUCUGUACACGUUUCCAGGGGAGUUUUUGCCUGAAAAAGCAAUUUUUUUGCAUCAGUUCGCAAAAGUUGACCCAAUGGACUUAUUCGUGAUAAUUCUGACACCUACUGGGCAAAACAUCGCCAAAAACAUCAACUUAGAAGAGUUGUUGAUAACGCGUCGCGACCUUGCCAGAUGGAUAAACUGUGUUAGGGACUUGUUCAAAGACGUGUCGAAAGAUAUAUUUAUACAGCAGCAUGCGGUAAGCAAGAUGGAUUACUCCGACAUUGCUUCUUUUCCAGUUUCAGUGAGACAAUUGCCAUCAGGUUUGGACCAGGGAGAGUGCAGUGAUCCUCUGGGAUGCAAUCUAAUGAUCCUGGUAACGGAUUCGGACAAACACGGUCAGGAUCGGUUUGGAUCAACGAUUUUGAAUGCGUCUGAGGUGGAGAUGUUUCAGCAAUGCUUGAGAGUAAUAUGCCUCAAUCACGGUGCCUCGUUGGCUUUCCUGCCUGAUUCACCGUCUGAAGAGAAUUACGCUCCUGUAUUGCGGGCAAUCAACAGAGCAAUUUCUCUGAAGAUACACACAUUGUUAGGGGAAAAGGCAAAUACCCUUCCACAACCGGCUUUGGACUCAUACGAGAACAUUUUUGUUCCUGCCGGAUGGGAUUCCUGGGGCAAGAUUUCGUCCAACGAUGAGUUUGAUUGCUCGGCUGUGUCAAGGAUGUGGGAGGAGCUGCUGAUGAGAGAAAAUGGAGAAAAUAAUGAUCAAAUUUUACACAGCAGGGACGAAGCCUUACUUGAACAUCCUAGAAGUGUUUUCAACGAUUUUUUGCAGGGUAUUUACGAAAAACAGCAGAGCAGGAUAGCGCUAUCAUAG